AUGAAGUGCACUCAGGCGGUCAUCAGCAGCACGAUUGGGGCUGCCUAUGUGUACGCAUCUCUACCAGUCAUUCCGACAGUGUCAUUCGAGUAUAUCUCGAAUGGAACCUUCAAUCUCGCAAAUGUCAAUAGUAUAGUCGUCGACACGCGAUAUGCUGCUUCUGUGGACGAAAGUGGCCAAACCUUGAUACCACCUACACUCUAUGAAUUUGCUACAACAUUUGCCGGGGACUUGAGUGAUGUUCUCGACAUCACAGUCAGCUUGAACAAUGGCACCAUUUCUUCGAAUGGCAGCAUAUUCCUGACGUUGGGCGAGGCCGGUGACUAUCUUGAUGCAGCGGGCCAACUGUCAUCCGAGGGCUACAGCCUUGACGUCAGCCCAUCCGGCCUUACCAUCACCGGUGCUUCAUCACUAGGAGUAUGGUGGGGUACCCGGACGGUUCUUCAGCAAGGCCUACUCUCUGUUGCUAACUCGGAAACACCGUCCAUACCGUAUGGCUCCAGCAUUGAUGUCCCCAGCUGGGCAACGCGUGGAAUGAUGCUUGACGACGGUCGUCACUACUAUCCUCCUGAUUUCUUGACCGACCUCUGCAGUUACAUGUCGUUCUUCAAACAGAACACUCUGCACCUCCAUCUGAGUGAUAACUUGUAUAACAACCCUAAUUAUACUUAUGAACAGUCUAUGGGCCUUUAUGCGCGCUUCCGUCUGUGGAGCGAUGACUCUGCCGUUGAUGGGCUCAAUCUGUACGCAAACGAGUCCUAUGACCGGCCAACGUUCGACGACAUCCAAACAAAAUGUGUUGCACGCGGAGUGACUGUGAUCCCAGAGAUCGAAGCCCCUGGACAUGCGCUGGUCAUCACCCAAUGGAAGCCGGAGCUGGCAUUAGAGGAUAAUGUCAGCUUGCUGAAUAUCUCCCAUCCCGAUACCAUUCCGACCAUGAAGACCAUCUGGUCUACUUUCUUGCCUUGGUUUCACUCCAAGACCGUGUCGAUCGGUGCUGACGAGUACACUGCCUCAGAAGCGGACUACAAUAUGUUCGUCAACGAGAUGAACACCUUCAUCGCUGCCGAAAGCGGGAAGUUAAUGCGCAUAUGGGGAACAUUCCCGCCAAUUUACAAUUCGACAUGGACCAAUGUCCACCAGAAUGUGUCCGUUCAGCACUGGGAGUAUUUCGAGGACAACCCGUAUUAUGACUACAUCAAGAACAACUACUCCGUGGUCAAUUCCAACGAUGACUUCUACAUCGUCAACAAGUACGCCCCACCCGGAGGCUAUUUGAACACCAUCAACCUAACUAAGACCUUCCACGGGUCGCCUGAGAAGGGAUUAUGGCGUCCGUACAUAUUCGAUCAGUCCAACGCUACCAACAACCCGCCGGCCUCAAGCCCCUAUGUCCUCGGAUCUAUCGUACCACUCUGGAAUGACUAUGGCGCCAACGCCACCGUCUACUCCGAGGCGUACUAUGCCUGGCGCGAGGGUAUACCUGCGCUCGCUGACAAGCAAUGGGGCGGCAACCUCAGCGAAGCGGCAUUCGCGGAAGCAUUCGCGGUACUCCAGCCCAAUGUUCCCGGGCAGAACCUCGAGCGCACGAUCGCCUCCAUCUCGGACGUCAUCGUAAACUACACGCUGACGCUGACCGAACCGACCUCUGGCUCGAUCGAAGAUACGUCCGGGAACGGGUACACGGCACAAACCGACUGCGAGGCGGUCUCCGGCUAUCCCACGAAACCGGCACUAUCCAUCACCGACGGCUGCAGCAUCACCACCCCUUUGGAGUCCAAGGGGCGUAACUACACUUUGUCGCUUUCCUUGCGCGUCGACGCGCUGGACGACCCGACCAAUGCCACGAUCCUGAGCGGGCGCGACUCCGUGCUCAUGCUGACGCCGACGGUCACGCUUUUCGCGGGCGGAAACUACUUCCGCUCGAACGCAACAGUGCCCCAAGGCGAUUGGUUCGACCUCUCUCUCAUCGGCCGAGGGAACCGCACCUAUGCGGCAGUUAACAGUGAUGAGGAGGAGUUCCUUGCAAUCAUAGGUAUCAAUGGUGUCUAUCACCACUGGGCGGAGAUAGCGAUCGAGGCACCGCUGGGUGUUCUGGGUGGGCAGGGGAGUGGGUGGAGUGGUUUGUUCGGAGGCUUGAGUUUGACAUCGGUGGCGUGA